ACGUAGUAUACAGAAAUGUCCGAGGCAAAGGUUUCCCUUUACUUACCCGUGUAUAUGUAUAUAUCUGUAUAUUGUAGAGAGGACUUAAGCUCGGAGCAUUAUUUAAAUCCAAGAUUAAUACCGGUUGACUUUUUAUUCCGAUCGAGCGAGCGGCACUACUAAUACUCGCCCCGGGAUUAUAAUAUCGCGCGAUAUCUUUAUAUAGGAUAUAUAAGCUUCGUGCCAAAUCUGGCCCCGGUAUAAAGCAGUGGUCGAAGAUCGUAAAAGCUGCUGAGAGAAAUGGAGAACGGCGUCUUCACGAAGCCGAUGGUGUGCGAGGAUGACGUUUACUUCGAUUCGUGCGAGUCGUUGAUUUUCACCGACGAUAACGACAGCACCAUCAACAAUAAUAACAUCAACAACAACAGCAUCGACCGAGUUUUCCCCCUCUCGGCGAAGACGUUCAAUUUAUUGAAAACGAUCGUACACGAGUUCGACGACUGUCACUGCCGGAGCCCCUUGUGCGACGUAAGAGUCUCGGAAAUAAUUAAACACUUCGAGAACAUAGCCGGGAACGACGUCAACGAGGCCGAGACGACGAGAGUUGACCGAGGAUCGUUGGCCUGCACGGUCAAGAGGCUGAUUGGGUUUUACCAAUCGAAGCUUCUUAAAACCGGUGUCGGUACUUCUUGCCCGAGCUUCGUGCAUAAAAAUCGAACAUCUGCAGCUGCUGCUACUUCGGCCAAGAGCCCGAGAUGCCGGACGCCGAGGCGUAGAACACCGAGACGCCUCGCGCAGUCGUCGCAACGAUCUAACUCGCCGAGACUCUCGACUGCUGCUUCUGCGUCGUUGUCGUCGUCGUCGCCGAUAUACGCCAAGAAAGAAAGUCCACGAAGGUCCAGGCUCGAUCUAGACCGGUCAACCAUCAGCGUGUGUCGUAGAUCGCUCAAUUACCUUCCCACGCCAGAGAAGGCCGCGAUUCGACCGGUCUCGGAGAUUCGAAAGUGUUUUUCGCCCGGACUGAAGAAGCAACAACAGCAGCAACAGAAGCAGAGGAAGCUUUGCGAUGUUCAUCAAAGCACCCAAGUACCAAGUAUCGUUGUUAACGAUUCUUCGACGGGAAAGGAAGAGAUCGUUUAAAUAAUUACUCGUAAAUUUUGUUUCGUUAUGUUUUGUUUUUAUAAUUGUUGUGUUUACUUCAAGUGGUCUAACCACGAUAAUCGAUUGUCAAACAAUCGUAUUAUUUUCUGAUAAUUUGUAUGUUUUUUUAAUUAAAUACCGACUGUUAUAUUUGUGACCAUA